UCAAUUUUUUCAUCACAUUCAAUAUCGUUCCACUAGUGCCCAAAUGUUUCCAUUACAUUUCCACCGCCGCUACGGAAAUGUCUUCCUUUAGCUCUUUGAAGUCGGCGAUUUUCGAUAAAGAAGAAAGGAAACUGCAUUAUCAAGCUCAUAUUAGAGGCCUCAAUGCAUACGAUCGACACAAGAAAUUCUUGAACGAUUAUGUCAAGUACUAUGGGAAAGAAAGGCCCUCCAACACAAAGUUACCUAUCAAAACCGACCAAGACACCCUCAAAGAAGGAUACCGGUUCAUUCGCACUGAAGAAGAUGAUUUGGACCCAUCAUGGGAGCAAAGGCUAGUCAAGCGUUAUUAUGAUAAGCUCUUUAAAGAAUAUUGCAUAGCUGAUAUGUCAAAAUACAAGAGUGGAAAGAUUGGCUUGAGGUGGAGAACAGAAAAAGAAGUUAUAUCUGGAAAAGGGCAGUUCAUUUGUGGUAACAAGCAUUGUGAAGAAAAAACUGGAUUGGCUAGCUUUGAGGUGAACUUUUCUUAUUUUGAAGCAGGAGAAAACAAGCAAGCUCUUGUCAAACUGGUGGUAUGUGAGAGGUGUGCAGAAAAACUACACUUUAAAAGAAAUAGAGAAAGAAAGUUGAUGGAAAGCCAACAGAGAGAGGAUUCUAAGAAAAACAGAAAAACACGAAUUGAUGAGGAGUUGGAUGAUGAAGAUAAGAGCAUUGCCAGAAGCAGAACUAAGUCGGAACAUGGGGAUAAGGAAACCUCGAAGAGACGGAGGAAAAGAUCUAGUGAUGGUGAUACUACUGACGAAGAGGCUGAUGGAAGCAGAGGCGGAAAGAAAAAAGGGAAAAGGGCCUUAGCUGUAGGAGCUGAUCACGAUGACAAUGAAACUUUUGAUGAGUUUUUGGAGGGAAUGUUUCCGUGAUGUUGCUGUUGCAGCGUUUAAUAUUCUGCACUUUUUCUUGUUCAUGCAAAGCAAUUCACGGCCAUGGUUCACUAAAGAUGACAAUCUUCAGAUAAAGUUUUCUUCAUCCCUUUAUGUUGAUUAUAAUUAAAAUGAGGCUGGACACAAUCUAUGUUGGACGGACUUUGUACAUAUUUGGUUUUAUUUAUUGCCAUUUAUAGUGAUUGUAAUUGGUAUUUGGAACUAAUUUGCAUGUACUUGAUCCUGUUCAUUAAACAUCACUCUAGUCUACUAUUCUUCCUCAAGUUUUAUCAGAUGGUAAAAGUAAAAAUUGAGGUAGGAAAGUUACAUUUGCAUUGUUUUAAAUUGCAAAUUUAAUUACAAUUUGAAUAAAGCAAAUUUUGACAGUA